AUGGAUCCGGAGCGCGCCACCCCCGAGGACCGUCGCAACCAGCAGGUUGAUAAUGCUAUUCGCGCCAUACAGCAGAAGAAGCCUGUCCCCGAGAUUGAUUUUACAAUCCACACCAUGGAAGACGGCACCCAAGUUAACACCAUGGAGCGUGUUUGCAAAGACGUGCAAGCACCAGCCACCUCCAAGCCUACAGAUGAACAAUUCUUCUCAGACAGCACCCGUACCAAGCCCGACAUUCACUUUCUCAAGCAGCACUUUUACCGCGAGGGUCGUUUGACCGACGAGCAGGCUCUCUUCAUUCUCAAGACCGGCGCCGACGUCUUGCGCGCAGAACCCAAUCUGCUCGAGAUGGAUGCCCCCAUCACCGUCUGCGGUGACGUCCAUGGCCAGUACUACGAUCUGAUGAAGCUCUUCGAGGUCGGUGGCGACCCUGCCGAGACGCGCUACCUCUUCCUCGGCGAUUACGUCGACCGUGGCUACUUUUCCAUUGAGUGUGUUUUGUACCUGUGGUCGCUCAAGAUUCACUACCCCAAAACCCUCUGGCUGCUGCGCGGCAACCACGAGUGCCGCCACUUGACCGACUACUUUACCUUUAAGCUAGAGUGCAAGCACAAAUACUCCGAAGCCAUUUACGAGGCCUGCAUCGAGGCUUUUUGCUGCCUUCCUCUAGCUGCUGUCAUGAACAAGCAGUUUCUCUGUAUUCACGGAGGUCUUAGCCCUGAACUGCACACUCUGGAUGAUUUGAGAAAUAUUGAUCGAUUCAGAGAGCCUCCUACGCAGGGUCUCAUGUGCGACAUUCUCUGGGCUGACCCUCUUGAAGACUUUGGACAGGAAAAGACGAGCGACUAUUUUUUGCAUAACCACGUACGAGGAUGCUCAUACUUUUUUUCAUACCCUGCAGCAUGCGCCUUUCUCGAGAAGAACAAUUUGCUGUCCGUCAUCCGCGCACACGAAGCCCAGGACGCCGGCUAUCGAAUGUACCGCAAGACCAAGACGACUGGCUUCCCUAGUGUCAUGACCAUUUUUUCCGCACCCAACUACCUCGACGUGUAUAAUAACAAGGCCGCGGUCCUCAAGUACGAAAACAACGUCAUGAAUAUCCGCCAAUUCAACUGCACACCGCACCCUUACUGGCUACCCAACUUUAUGGACGUCUUUACCUGGUCGCUACCCUUUGUCGGAGAAAAGAUUACAGACAUGUUGAUUGCCAUUCUCAGCACGUGUUCUGAAGAGGAACUUAGAGAGGAGACGCCCUCGUCGACCUCGCCGGGCGGCGUGUCGCCACCUGUCGUCGCGACGCCCGACGACCCCAACUCGAUUGAAUUCAAGCGCCGAGCGAUCAAAAACAAGAUUCUCGCCAUUGGUCGUAUGUCACGAGUGUUUCAGGUCCUGCGCGAGGAGGCGGAGCGUGUCACAGAGCUCAAAACAGUCGCUGGCGGCCGUUUGCCUGCGGGUACUCUGAUGCUGGGUGCCGAGGGCAUCAAAAAUGCCAUCAGCUCCUUUGAGGAUGCCAAGAAGGUGGAUCUGCAAAACGAGCACCUGCCUCCUAGCCAAGAAGAAGUUACCAGACACCAGUCAGAGGAGAGAAAUAUUGCGAUGCAAAAGGCUGUGCACGACGCCGACAAUGACAAGAAGCUACAUCAACUGUCGAGAAGGCUGAGCACAGACCGCAAGCCCGCCUCCCGCUCGUAG